AUGAACCGUGACAGAAGGCCAAGGGCGCCACCGCACCAGACACAGCGACAAGGGAAGGAGGUCGAUACAGAUGAUGAAGAAUCUGACCCAGAACCGCUCCUAAUCAUCCGUCCCGAAGAAAUAACUAUAGCCAUAUUUUGCGCCCUGUCUUGCGAAUCCGUUGCUGUUAAAUACGCUCUCGACGAAGAAUUCCAAUGUCGGCCAAAAUCUCACCCCAACGCUCGAAAAUAUAUAUAUUCGUUUGGUCAAAUCGGAUCACACAAAGUCCUAAUAGCUAGACCAAAUCAAAUGGGUAAAGUCAACGCGGCUGGGCUAUCCGCAACUAUCAGCCAGCAAUUUCCAAACAUUCGGUUCGCUUUGAUGAUAGGUAUCGGUGCUGGCAUUCCCAAUAAACGAGAUAUUCGUCUCGGCGAUAUUGCCGUUAGCAUCCCUCGAGAAAACCACCCCGGUGUUAUAGAGUAUGAUUUCGGCAAACUUAAAAAAGAUGGGUUUACGCUAAAGGGGUGCCUUAACAAACCCCCCUCAAUCUUACUCAGUGCAGAUGGGCAGUUGGAUGAUGAUGAAAGAAUGAAUAAACGCCCGUUCAGGAAGAUGUUGCGAAAUAUUAUUAAGCAACCUGGCUACGAAAGACCGAAUACUGCUGACGUUCUCUUCGACCCGUCUUUCCACCAUGUUAAUGAAGGAAGUGACUGUAGUGGGUGUGAAGCAUCAAGUCAAAAAAUAGUCAUAGACCGCAUUCCUCGGUCCCCAUGGCCAAAUGAACCUGUCGUUCAUCGGGGCCUGAUACUUUCGGGGAGCAUUGUGGUUAAGAACCCUAAAGAUAGGGAUUUACUAUGUCAAGGCCAUGACGAUGCAAUCUGCUACGAAAUGGAAGCCGCGGGAAUCAUGGACGAAAUACCUUGCUUAGUCGUUCGAGGAAUCAGCGAUUACGCUGAUACUCAUAAACAAGAUGCAUGGCAUUGCUAUGCUGCGGCUGCGGCUGCGGCUUAUGGUAAAGCUAUUCUUUGCAGGAUAUAUGGUGAGGACGUCGAAGAGAUGAUAACGAUAAAAGAAGCGAUGGCCCAAAUUGAAACAAAAGUGGAUAUAAUAAAUCAAAACCUCAAUGAUUUGCAGCGGGAAGUUUAUAACAACCAUAGAGAGACAAAGCAUACUGAAAUUCUGGAAUGGGUCUGCCCCGGAGCCGCACUGUCAGCGCGUCACAGUACCAUUGUUUCAGCAAGACAAGCAGGCACCGGUAAAUGGUUUAUGACCCAAAAUACAUUCUCUAGAUGGUUAACACAAUCAAAAAACUCCACGGAGAUACUCUGGUGUUAUGGAAUUCCUGGUGCGGGUAAGAGUACCAUAAGCUCCGUGGUCAUUGAUUAUCUCGAAGAGCAGCGAACACAAGACCCAACGACACGAACCGCUGUCGCGUACUUUUACUUCGACUUUUCCAACAAAGAGAUCGAUGCUCGCAGGUUCACACGAAACCUGCUCAAACAGUUAUCCUUCCAGUCCCCAAAUUUCCCGCAGGGUCUCGCAGAAUUAUUCAAAACCUACUCUGGUUCAGGCAAGACGGAAGCAGAGGAUCAAAGGAUCGAAGAUCUACUUAUAGAAUCCGCAUCAAACUUCAAGCACACUUACAUUGUAGUUGAUGCAUUAGACGAAUGUGCUCCAGGGCAACGCUUUAAUGUUCUGAAUAUAAUCCAAAGACUAGCUGGCCCUGGUGGAGCAAGGGUUUUUGCAACUAGCCGACCUCAUCCAGAGGAUAUUAAUGAAGUCUUUAAAGAAGUGAACAAAAUCGAGCUGGGUGCGAAAGCAGAUGAUAUAAGGAAAUACAUCAAAGCAGAGAUUGGGAGGUAUGAAAUAAGAACACCUAAGGCAAGGCAUCUUCAUGAUGGCCUGAGAGACCGUAUUACCGAUGGACUAACUAGGGUUUCAAAUGGAAUGUUUUUACUCCCUAAACUUCAACUGAAGUUUCUCCUCAGGCAAGCAACUGUUGGUCGAAUCGAAGCGACACUAGACCAAAUCCUCAAGAUGUCGGCAUCCAAAGGCUUUUUGCCUAUUGAUGAGACCUUCAAUUUGAUGUUAGAGAGUAUCGAUGAGUGCAAUAGAGACAUCGCCGAUAGAGCUUUAUCAUGGAUUCUGGUCACGAAAUACCCGCUUCGAAUACAAGAUCUUCUUGUUGCUCUAGCAAUCGAACCAGGGGCCUUUGAGAUAGCUGAAUACCAAAAAUUACAACAAACCACUGUCCUGGAUGUCUGUGCCGGUUUCAUCGUCGUGGAUGAAUCUAGCGGCAUUGUAAAACUCGCUCACCAAACUGUUCAGGGAUAUCUUUUGAGAAAACCUAUAGAUACUGCGGACGCUUUAACUUCUCUCACAAAGGCUUGCCUUAAUUAUCUGCGCUUCCAUCAGUUUGCAAAUCCAAAAUUUGUUGACUCUUUGGGGAAUAACGAAGGUACCGGGCUGGAUAACUUAAAGGAGAUGCCAUUUUAUCUAUACGCUCUCCGAAACUGGGAAACUCAAAUACCCGAGUGUAACCAAGGCGCUAUAGAGGAAGACCUGGUUGCUUUUUUGAAUCACAAUCCGUCAAUUAUUAGUUACUGCCAUGCGCGAAAACUGACUAUAACAGAUGAUGAACAAUCAACCUCUAAUCGGUGGCACUGGUUUUAUUGUAUCGGUACAGAUGAGUCGCCUCUACACAUAGCAGCCCGAGUUGGACAUUUAGGCGCUAUCAAAUACUUCCUUUCAAAAGGGAUUGAUAUCGAUAUCAAACACAAUGGUGGGCAUCAGCCAGUAUGGGAAGCACUUGCUUACGGCAGGAUCGAGGCGAUGAAACUACUCAUCGAAAACGGUUCUUCCCCACGAACCACGUGGGGUCAUGGGCGACAACUGAUACAUUUUGCCUCAGCUCGAGGAGAUUACGCUGCGGUCAAAUACUUGUUGGAAAUAGACCGCAAGAUAGUUAAUAUACAACAGAACGAUGGCUCAUCGCCGCUUCGCGAAUGCGCUUUCUACGGGCAUGAGGACGUUGCAUGCCUCCUCCUGGAUUCCGGUGCGGACUGGCUGCUUGAAACAUACGAUAGAAGAACGGCUGGUUUUAUAUCUCUCGAACAAGGACGAACAAAUAUCUUUUCGUUAUUUCUAAAGAGAGGGUUCAGCCUUAAAAAGCCUGUAUCCAGAGGACUUUGCAACUCCGGAACACCGCUUCAUGUUGCUGCAGGUUACGGUUACCAAGAAGUUGUGAAGGAGAUUUUGGAGCUUGGAGCUAUUAAUCCACAGAGUUUUAAUAUCUCCCUACCCGACUCGAGAGGAAAUACAGCUUUGCAUAACGCUGUUAAUACAGGUUUACUCUCUGUUGUGCAAUUACUUGUUGAGAACGGUAUCGACAUAGAGAAGAAGAAUAAAGAUAAUAAGACGGCUCUGGACCUCGCGAUCGAGUUCGGGUACAGUUCAGUCGAACGGUACCUCCGCAGCGCUCUACUGGCAAGUAGCUGGGAUAUUCUGGAGUUAGAUAAUGCUACAACCUUACAAAACUCAAACACUACUUCAGAACCCUCCACAAUAGCUGAUCUAGCAGAUGGAAUAUCGAAGAUUUCACCACCCGACAUUGCCACAGUGUACGAAAUACUCAUACAAAAACUAAAUCUACCUACUACAGCUGCUAGAAAAAUAAUGGACUAUGCAGAAUACUGGGUCGAACAAUACGUUAAGAAGUCGGGAACAGUCGUAGUUGACGAGACAUGGCUACCCAUUCCUUAUCUACACCUAAACAUUUGCGGCCCGUUUGUUCGAAGAAUCAUUUUUAGAACUAUGUCGCACGACCAAGGAUGGAGUGACGACACACAGAAUCACGGAACAUACGGAGGGAGUUGCACAUGGAUUGAAGUCCGGAGAACCCCCAAGGACCACAAUUUCAGCGAAUCCGGUACCAAAAAAGCCGAUAGUGGUGAUAAGAAAAUAUCGACCAUAAAUACUCGUGAACUCCAGCGCAAUAUUCAUGCCUGCUGGACGAGCACCGAGCAUAUCAAUCAAUGGGAUAUAGCAACGACUAGCGAUCCAGAAUUAGUCGAUUUUCUGUCGAAUUUAAGCAUAGGCGAUAGAAUCAGUCUUCAUCCUAAGGCGAUCUACAUGGGAUGGAAAUGCUAUCUGGAUGAGGCAGAGAUGUGGGUUUACUCGUCGCCAUGGGACCGUCAGUAUUCUUAG